AAGACGAAAGCUCAAACCAUGUCCGACAACAAAAACAAAGACCAAUACGGUGUCCUUCUCUAUUACAAGUACGUCGAGAUUCCAAACCUCAACGAGCUCGUCACAUUCUACGACUCCAACUGCUCCUCGCUCGGCCUCCUCGGUCGUGUUCGGCUUUCUUCCCACGGCGUCAAUGUCACCGUUGGCGGCAACUUAUCCUCUUUGGAGAGGCACAUCGAAGCCGUUAAGGCCAUUAAUAGCGUCUUUGAAGGGACUGAUUUCAAGCUAGCAACUUGUCAUCAGCCAUUAAUUGACAAUGUUGCUAAGGAGUGUGGAUUCACUUCUCUCUCAAUUCGGAUCGUCAAGGAAUUGGUUACUCUCAGUUCCCAUCCACUGUUAAAGUCACCUGAAAUCUCAAAUGCUGGAAGACAUCUCUCUGCUGUUGAGUUCCAUUCUUCCCUUCAGAAUUCUAACAAGGAGAGUCCAGAAAACAACCUUGUUUUACUUGAUGCAAGGAAUCUUUAUGAAACAAGAAUUGGGAAAUUUCAUGCACCAAAUGUUGAAACUUUAGAUCCUCAAGUUAGGCAGUAUAGUGAUUUGUCCUCUUGGAUAGAUGAUAAUGGUGAGCAGUUGAAAGGCAAACAAAUCCUCAUGUAUUGUACCGGUGGAAUCAGGUGUGAAAUGGCAUCAGCAUAUAUUAGGUCAAAAGGUGCUGGGUUUGAUAAUGUGUUUCAGUUAUUUGGUGGCAUACAACGGUAUUUGGAGCAAUUCCCAGACGGUGGUUUCUUCAAAGGAAAGAAUUUUGUUUUUGAUCCCCGGAUAUCAGUUGGAAGUUCAGAUGCUAAUAUUGUUGGUACCUGCCUUAUCUGUCACUGUUCAUUUGAUGAUUAUUCUUCACGCUGCCGAUGUACUUAUUGCAGAAUACUUGUCUUGGUUUGUGGUAAUUGCCAGAAUGAAGCUGCAGAGUAUAUUUGUGAGCUAUGCCAAAAACAGGGCAAGGCUGUUAGGUCAAUGCAGUUGAUUGAAAAUGGUAAAUCAAGGACACCAUUGCCAGUUGUUGAGUUCCAGAAUUUUUCUUCAGAUACUAUAUUCUUGCCUCAAAUGCCUAGGGGAGAUGAUCUACAGACCUCAAGAAAACUAAGAAUCUUAUGCUUGCAUGGAUUUCGGCAGAAUGCAUCCAGUUUUAAGGGAAGAACAGCAUCAUUAGCCAAAAAGCUCAAGAAGAUUACUGAAUUUUCUUUUGUAGAUGCACCUCAUGAAUUGCCAUUCAUUUAUCAAACCCCCAUGUCGGUGCCCUGUGGGAAUUGUGCAUCAUCAUCAUUGCCAUCAAUUCCUCCUCCACCUCUGGAGAAUUGCAAGAAGAAGUUUGCAUGGUUUGUGGCAUCUAAUUUUGAUGGAAGUAGCGGUGUUGAUUGGAAGGUAGCAGAUGGCCCAUUUGAUCCACUUCAAUACCAGCAGCAAACUGAUGGAUGUGAUAUUUCACUAUCACACUUGAAGAAUGUGUUUUCCCAAGAAGGGCCAUUUGAUGGAAUCUUAGGAUUUUCACAGGGAGCAGCAAUGGCCGCCUUAAUCUCUGCACAACAAGAAAAGCUAGAAGGUACUAUGGACUUCAAAUUUGUAAUCUUGUGCUCAGGCUUUGCUCUCCAUGUGAAGGGGAUGGAUGGUGGCCCUAUCAAGUGCCCCUCUCUUCAUAUUUUCGGUAAUGAACAUGGUAAAGACAGGCAGAUAGCUAACCAAGCUAGCAAGGAGCUUGCUUCUCUAUAUGAUGGCGGUUGUUCUGUGAUCGUUGAACAUGAUUGUGGUCACAUAAUUCCUACUCGGUCCCCAUAUAUUGAUGAGAUCAAGAAUUUCCUUGGGCGUUUUCUGUAAGAGGUCGGGAAAAAAAAAAAACACUUGUUGAUACUAUUCAAAACUUACAAUGUUGCGUUGCUUGAUAUCAUAUUUGUCUUAUGCAUAUCACCUUGCCAUAGAACCUGUACCAUGUUCUAUGGUCAUGCGAUUGCCUCAUUUCAAUCUAGUAAGGACCAAGCCUCUUAAUUAUAUGUCAUAAGCGUGCAACGAACACCACAUUCAAAGCAUACUAAUCAUGCUGAGAGUCUGUAAUUGUUGCGAAGUUGAAAGGAAGGAAGAUGAUGCGUGGGAAUGAAAAAAAUUAACAUACAACUAUACAAGGUCAUGCAAAUCUU